UUCGAAGAAGUGAUCAUAUUGUGAUUGAUCGUUACAAACAUACUACAGGUAAAUUUGUUAUGAUGCAUACAAAUUUUAACUUGAAAUGAAUAAAAGGGAAGAACUGCUGUCUGUUGUUGACAGUGGGGACUUGCAACAAUUUGUCAAGUUUAUCCAGAAGUGUAAGAGUGAGGCUGUAGACCUAGUGGAGCUUCUCAGUGGUUGUAGCAAGAAGCAACUAGACAAGCUAUGGGAGGGAGUUCAGCAGUCAUGUGCGGUCACCAUGCUGAGUAUAGAGGUCGAGGACAACGCCAACGAAGAUCAUAUGGAGCAGGAGAUAACAAAGAUUCUAGAAGUGCUUCAAUGUGUUGUCAACUUGGCAUCAGCCGCUAUACAGCAGGAGGACCCACAUAUCUCGCCGUGUUUAAAAUCUACAUCAGUUCUUUUACUCGGUUUACUUCUGCCUAUGCCGGAGACUGCAGACAGACUGAAGAACAACAUUUGUGAGCUAUGUGAGCAGUGGUGGAAAAAGAAUCUGUCAGGAAAGGAGGAUUUGAUUACCAAUGCCCUAAUUUACCUACUACAGCGAAGCCUCAAAAUCCAAACUAGAAAGGUGCUGAAACGUUUGUGGUUUUUGCGGGAUGCCCUGUCACUCUUCAACAUCUCCGAUGCCAGCAGUGACAUGCUCCGUGACCUACUGUGUCAGUGCAUCGUUAGCAUGCCUUUUUUGAAAUAUGACGAGGGUUGUCGUUUCCUUGGAUGUGUUAUGAGUCUGGACCAGAACUUGACAGACUGUCUCCACAAAAUCAUCAAGAGUCAUAUGCCGAUAACCAACAGAAAUAUGAUGGAAAAGUAUGGUGAAAUCUACUUCCGAGCCUGGCAAACAGCUACUGGAUCUACGCUAGAGAAAUUGGAAUCAGCCAUACAAAACUUUAUGGACCAUGCCGUUCAUGCUAAGAAGUCUUUAGCUCCUGGUUUACGAUGUCUCCUUGGCUACUUUCACAAACAAAGGAAAUUCAGUGGUGUGGACAGCAUGCUGUUGAGGCUGUAUGGUCCACUGCUGUGGCGGUCACUCAAGGUUGCUAACUGCCACGUGAGGGAAAAUGCUGCCAUGCUUCUGUUGGACGCCUUUCCACUGCAGGACCAGGAUUUAUGUAAUGAAGAACUUGACCAGCUCCUACAGAAACAAUUUGAUAUCUUCCAGGCUUUGUUGGAGGAUUCCUAUCCAAGCAUUCGUUCUGUCACUGUCCGCAAGCUGAGUAAGAUCUUAAGUACCUUCUGUGAAUUUAUCCCUGUGGAAACCAUCAGAAAUCUUAUCGUCAAGAUGAUGCAGGAUCUUGUAUGGGAUGCAUCAUCUGCAGAUGUUCGGGCUAGUGUUAUACUGAGUAUGAUGAACCUACUGGACAACCCAAUGUUUAUUCCUAUGCUGAAACCUAUCCUGCCCCAGCUGUGUAACCACAUCCAUGACGUGUCGGAGAAGGUCCGGGUCGCGAUGAUAGAACUUCUUCUGAAGGUCAAGGGCAUCCGAGCCAUCAAGUACUGGGAUAUUGUCCCCAUGGAACACAUACUGGCUCGUCUGGAGAUCGACUCUCAUCCCGUGGUCCGCCGUAUCAUGAAACUCCUCCAAAGCACAUUUAUGCCUCUGGACAAGCCAAAGAGUGUCCAGCUUGACCGCUGUGUUGCCCUCAUAGAGUCUAGUCGAGGGGCAGCCAGACAGUUCUUUCAUCAUGCUCCAGCACAUAUGUCUACACAGGAAGCAGUCACAUAUAUGAUUUCCAUUGUCGCUUGUAUUCUAAGAUGUAUUAAAGCGGAGAAAUCAAAGCAGGAAGGAGGAGAUAACUCGCAACAGGAAGUGGAAGAAAACUUGCACAGCCAGGGUGGAGCAUCAGAAGAGGUUGAAGAAGAGGAGGAGGAGGAAGAUGACACUCUGACAAUACAUAAUACACAAGUAAUGGCAGGAUUGGUGGAGGCUGUCGUUAUACUCUGGUCCGUCAUCAACAACGACCUCAAAAAGCGACAGAACCAUACCAUCGAGCAGAACUUACAAGCGAAAAUCAGUAUUGCUGUCGCAGAAAUGAUGAAAUUCUUUGAUGAUCCUGAAGUGUGUGCAGCCCUGGUUAACUUGGCUGGCUUUGUUCCUUACAACUCAGUUCCUACAAUCAGCCGUACAUGCCUAUCCAAGUUGAAAAAGAUGUCGGUGGAUAGUGUUGCAGAAGACUACAGCUGUUAUCUGGAUGCCCUUUGUAAGUGGGACAAGGUGGUCAACAUUCUGGACCUAGUGGACGAGUGGCUGACCGAGGGACUACAACAGGACGGUGCUACCUCACAGACACCAACUGUCAAGGUGGGAAAGAAGACCCGAAAGAGUGUUGGGUUUAUUGUACCACAUGUACCAGCACCAACACUUGGGAUAGAUUUUGUGACCUACAUGUUGCGGAGCCCGAUAUGUCGUCCCAUCCUCACAAGUCAUGUUAACGAACUUGCACAACUUCAGACUAAACUAAAGACUGCAUGGACAUGUGUGGAGCAGGGUCUAUCUGAAGCGUCCAAUACAGAACCCGUUCCCGAUGAGCUGCUGACUGCCUGUUUUAGUCUCUACUGUAAGCUAGUGGGCAUUCUCCAUGAGUCGAAUACAAAAAAUGACGCCACCUCCAUAUUUGAGGAAUUAUUUUCUUGGGCAGAUGUACAUCUCCUACCCAGUCUCGGCAACCAGGAAAAGCUGGCCGACAUGACUUCCAGGAAGCGUACACUACUUUCUUUGACAGAUACGUUUCUCUUGCCAAGCCCUGACCCACAGGAUACACUGACAGACAUGUCCAGGAAGCGUACAUCUAGGACAGGCCGGACAGAGCUCUUUGACACUGGCUACAUCUGUCUUAGAGAUGAUUCUGGCCGCUGGAGGUGAUUUCCUCCUGAUAGGGGUAGGAGAUACAAGUUUCGCUGUACACCUCGCCAACUUCUGUGUUCUUUGUCUACAGACAGACGAGUCCCUGUCUGCCUUGUCUUCUGUGAUGAACUGUCUGUGUAGUGUCACAGCUCACAUUCUCCUGCAAGGAACCACUGCUCAUCGCAACAGUAUCGCUGCUUAUCUGGGUAAAGUCUUUGUAGCCAUAGCAACAGC